AUGGCGACACGCACCCGAUUCAUGAGGAAACGGUUCUCUCCGCGCGCGCUCGCGGCCAAGCUCCUACCGCUCACACUCGGCGUUCUCGCGUCGCAGUUGUAUUCGCUCAAGUUUGACGAUGUUCGCGUGAAGACUGCGCGUACGCGCGACGCGUAUCCUUCCGUCGCGUGCUGGAUCUUACGAGCGAACACACCGCGAGAUCUGGCGCGCGGCGACGCGAUUCGUCGCGGAUGGGGCAAGACGUGCGCGCACUUGGAGUUUAUCGAUCGCGACACGCCUGGAAUACGCGUCGAUUGGACGGAGACCUACGACGCGUUAUCGGCGAAGAGUUGGAGGGCGUGGACGUUCAUGUACGAGAAGUACGCAAACGCGUCGUUCGCGAACGCGACACGCGUCGAUUUCGUGUUAAAGGCGGAUACCGAUACGUACGUGCACGGCGCGCACUUGUUGCGGUAUUUAAAUCGUUUCGACGCGACGUUGCCGCAUUACAUCGGUCGACAAUUCGUCGAGCGCGGCGUCGCGUUCGUCGCCGGCGCGACCAUCGUGCUCAGUCGAGAGGCGUUGCGACUCGUCACCGUGGCGAGUCGCGACGGCGUGGGCGCGUGCGCGCGGGGAAAAUUUACGGCGACAAAGGCUGAGGACGUCGCGUUAGCGUUGUGCCUUCGAGACGUGGGCGUGUAUCCACACAACUCGCGCGACGCCUCGGGGGCGGAGCGGUUCAUGGUGUUCAGUCCGCAGCGCAUGCGCGCUGGAUCCGAAGGCUUACCGCGCUGGUACGUCAAACGAAGCUUGAGCGCAAAGCAAGGUCCGGGGUGCUGCAGUGACGAGGCGAUCUCUUUCCACUACGUCUCGACGGACGAACUCGCGCGCGCGCGACUCGUUCGCGUGCACGGCGCGUGGUCGUGGACUCCCGCCGUCGCGUCAGAGCCCCCACCGCCAUGA